UGUUUAAAAUCAGUGCCACCCAAAUCCAUUUUUAACUCACUCUUCCUACGCAUAUAAGGUUUAAAAACACAGUUGACUGACUGAAAUGGUCCAUGGUCUGGCAUAUGCUCAAGGCUUUUUAAUGUGGUUUACUCAAUGGGCUGCUCUGCACCCUGGAGAGAGUAUCCUGUUUGUCCUUCCUUUCUCUACCAGGAAGGCAUUUGUUCUUAUUCAGCCCCUUUAUCUUGUCAUCCACUCCAAGAGGGUGUAUUUCAAUAUUUUACAUUGGUAAAUUAUUUUUAAAAUCAGUGAUCUAAGCAGCUAUUGAUGUGUUGUAUUUCCUCCGUCUGCUAAGCCCUAAAUAGAGCCUCGUCAGUAACGUAUAUAAUCCUGUGCACCUUGAUUGAAGAGGAUCAUUUUGCGGUGCCCUUUUAUUGGAAGCGAACUUCCCCUGCCAAACUCAUUUGAUCACAGAGAACACUAAAUACGCGAGCUGUCAUUAUUGGGAGUAUUGUUACGUUCCCCUGCAGUUGUUGUAAACUGUGAAAAUGUCAAACUUCUAGACUCUCUGUCGCCAUCCUGGCUUGCGUCAUUAACUGGACAAGUCACUGUACGCACACAAUCGAAGUGUAUCCAUCCGCGCCGAGGAGCGCACGAAAAGUAGGGCUAUCGAUAAACGCUUUGGCACUCCGCCAACCAGGCAAUGAAAUCCGUUUUCAUUUUUACCAUGAGAAUUUAUAUUUUAACUUCAACAAGCUUCUACUUUUCAAGUGCUAAAAAUAUAUCAGGUAUGUGUUCACAAAUAAUAUAGCAUGUAUUUCAUUUUUUUUGUAAUGAGCACCUGUUUUUUUUUUUUUAACUUGAUCUAAAUAAUUAGACUUUUUAAUUCCAGUGUCCCAUGUUAACGUUGAAAUGAGCAGAUUACGAGUUGUAUGGGAUUGAACCCCCCACCCCACACACACACACACAUGUAAGACUACUCAAAGGAUGGCAAAACAAAAGGUUGGGCGAUGUCUUAAACGUAUAUAUUUUUAAAAUAUGUAUAUAUAACAUACGGGUUCAACAAGAGAGUUCACAAACAACGUUUCCGUAGCUUCAAAAUUGAAAUGAUCCUACAAGUUAGUGAGAAGGUGCUCGCCAUCAGAAGCUGGUUGCGUAUAUAUAUUGAUACUGCAUUCUUUUUAAGUGUUUUUAAGAUAAACUGACAGUCAUCAAACUACAAUUUGGGUUGCGCUACCUGAAACUCAACUGAUAUUUUUCUUUCAAAUUUAUAACAGAAAUUCUUUUGGAACGUUUACCGUUUGAAAGUCACAUUCUAGAAAAAAGUAAGGAAAACUUCAACAAAUCACUUUCUCUUUACAACCUUGGCCAAAAGGGUGCAUCGCUUCCUGUGAACGGGAAAACAACUGUCUACACUUGUCAUCUGACCCUGAAAACAAAUUAAAAGUGAAACGCCGCUGCCCACAAUGACCUGUUUUCUCUCAAUAACAGGCCUGUGAGCGAGUCUCAGGCUGCUCUUUUUGAAUGGGAUGAUCCCUGUGUGUGUCUGACGUCCUGGGAGAGUUCCAGGAGCUGCGGAUGAAUUCCGCACGAAGGCGCUGAGGCUCCAGUCAGACUGACGCCGCGGCGCUCGCUCCAUCCAAACACACGCGCUGUACACCUCCAAUCGGCGCGAGAUUCGGCGUUCCGCUGUUUCGCUGAAUUACCCGACUACUCGGAUUGUUAUUCGACUCGACACAUUAAGAUAAAACGGCUGGCCGCUGGACGAGGGGGUUUAUUUUAUACCCGCCUGUAUCUUGGCUGUACAGAAAUAAACUGAGGCUCCUAGGUUGGAGUGAUUUAAAACAGAUUUGCCCCAAGCUUUGAGAAAAAUCUAUCACAUGAUGCACUCCACUACAUCCAUCACAUCCCUCUUCUCCUUCACCAGUCCAGCUGUGAAAAGGUUGCUGGGUUGGAAACAAGGAGAUGAGGAGGAAAAGUGGGCGGAAAAAGCGGUGGAUUCCCUCGUAAAGAAGCUCAAGAAGAAAAAAGGGGCCAUGGAAGAGCUGGAAAAGGCUCUGAGCUGUCCUGGCCAGCCCAGUAAAUGCGUUACCAUUCCUCGGUCCCUGGACGGAAGGCUCCAGGUUUCCCAUCGUAAAGGUCUGCCGCACGUUAUCUACUGCAGAGUGUGGCGCUGGCCGGAUCUUCAGUCCCACCACGAGCUCAAAGCGCUGGACUGCUGCGAGUUUCCUUUCGGCUCUAAGCAAAAGGAGAUCUGCAUCAAUCCAUAUCAUUACCGCCGUGUGGAGACGCCAGUUCUGCCCCCGGUUCUUGUGCCACGUCACAGUGAGUUCAAUCCCCAGCACAGCUUAUUGGCAAAGUUCCGAAAUGCUUCCAUACACAACGAGCCUCUCAUGCCCCAAAAUGCCACUUACCCAGACUCCUUCCCUGCGAUGCCCUGUAGCUCAUUCUCUUCAUCCCCCUCCAGCUCUUUAAACCAGUCCCCGACUGCGCACAGCUACCCCAACUCCCCCAGCAGUGGGACUGACCCUGGGAGCCCCUACCAAAUUACAGAGACGCCUCCACCACCCUACAGUAUGAUGGAGACCUCUCCAUCUGAGGAUGUGAAACCAGGGGAGUCCUCCAACCCCAAUAAACUCAUUCUAUCAGCCCCACAUAGAGACUUGAGGCCGGUGUGUUACGAGGAACCAGAAUACUGGUGCUCCGUGGCAUAUUAUGAACUAAACAACAGGGUGGGCGAGACGUUCCAUGCCUCUUCCAGAAGCAUCCUCGUGGACGGCUUCACAGACCCCUCCAACAACAAGAACCGCUUCUGCCUCGGAUUACUAUCCAACGUCAACCGAAACUCCACCAUUGAACACACUCGCAGACACAUAGGCAAAGGUGUGCACUUGUAUUACGUCGGAGGGGAGGUGUACGCAGAGUGUCUGAGUGACAGCAGUAUUUUCGUACAGAGUCGGAACUGUAACUACCAGCACGGUUUCCAUCCCACCACCGUCUGCAAGAUCCCGAGUGGAUGCAGCCUGAAGAUCUUCAACAACCAGCUGUUUGCCCAGCUGCUGUCACAGUCUGUGAAUCACGGCUUCGAGGUGGUGUAUGAACUUACCAAGAUGUGCACCAUCAGGAUGAGCUUUGUCAAGGGCUGGGGAGCCGAGUACCACCGUCAGGAUGUCACCAGCACCCCCUGCUGGAUAGAAAUCCACCUGCAUGGGCCGCUGCAGUGGUUAGACAAAGUUCUGACCCAGAUGGGCUCCCCACACAAUCCUAUUUCCUCUGUGUCCUAAUGCAUUACAGAACAAGGGGAAUACAGUUCUCCAAUAGACUUUUAUAGUGCCCCAAGACACAUAAUGCUCUUUCUCUUGUGAAAAUAUCUGUCUUUUCAGUGGAUGUUUAUGGUACUGCUAUAGGAUCUGCCAGGAAAUAUGUACAAUAUCAUGCUGUUAAGUAAGCAGUGUUUAGAUAAAUGUUGCAAUGAUUUUAAUAAAGAAAAACACACUACUACUUCACAGUAUGUAGUAGCUGAGAUCAAUUCAGACAGAAACUCUCUAAUAGGAAGCCAAAGAAAUAUGUUAGGCAGGUACUUGUUCUGGAAAUAUUUUAUUUGUGUCGUAUUUUGGCUAAUAUGUGUCUUCUAUAACAUUUCAUGUUAUUUUGCAUUUACGUUAGCUUUCUUGUUCUUGUAAUACAAAAAAACUCCCUUCUAUUUGUGCCUGUUUAUUUUCUGACCUGAAAAAUCCAGAAGUAUUAAUGCUUUUAAAGCUGAAAACUGCACAAGAUCAAUAAAACUUCAUUGGAAUGCCCUCAGCAACUUACUGAGUUUACACCAUGUUUAAAAUAAUAAUAAAGCUGAUGAACAAU